CAGAGUCGAGUGGGGACUCUAGGGAGGCUGGGGGUGACUUUUUUUUGGGGGGUAGUACAAGUAGGUGCCGUUCUUAACAAAAGCCCUACACUUUGCCGGAACUUUUUGCUUCUCCAUCUUCUCGAAUAUGCCCUGCCUUGAUAGAGGGAUAUUUUUUCCUCGGGACUCGGAGCCCCCCUCCUUCCUUUGCCCCCUUUGCCUGGCGCAAGGACGCGGAGAGGAGACAGCCCCCGGCUCCAAGGAGAGUCUCCCCCGCACCACGUUUUGUCAGUUUCAGCAGUAGCGCAGACGCGGCUGAAUCUGAGCGGAUUGGUGGGAAACCGAUUUCCUACGUAGGGCCGAACCUGCUUUAAUCGGGAUCAAUCGCUUCCCCUUUCUCUUCCUUACCCUCCCCCUUUCCCCUAGAUGCUUCUAACCCAGUAGAGAUUUGGGAGCUGAGAAGGCGAAGCCUGUGUCCUACACCAAGUAAAUGGUCCAGGCUUUUCAUCCGGGUGGAAAACCCAGCGAGGGGGCUUAAAUCUGGAACGUCUUCCUACAGGAUGAAAUAGGGAGCAGAAGAUAGUUUUCCUUGAAUGGAGAGCAGCGUGUCUUUGAUUUCCACCAUGCAAGAGACGUCUCAUUUGUCAUUGGAGAAAUGUAGCAGUCCAACGAAUGGUAACAAUGAAUAUGAUUCAGAUGAAGGUUCAAGCAUGGAAGAUCCUGACUUUAAUUGGGGUGAAUAUUUGGAAGAAACAGGUGCAGUUGCUGCCCCUCAUACAUCAUUCAAACAUGUUGAGAUCAGUCUCCAGAGCAGCUUCCAGCCUGGGAUGAAGCUAGAAGUGGCCAAUAAGAAUAAUCCGGACACCUACUGGGUGGCGACCAUCAUCACAACGUGCGGCCAGCUCUUGCUGCUGCGGUACUGCGGCUACGGAGAGGACCGCAAGGCUGACUUCUGGUGCGACGUCAUGACGGCCGAUCUCCACCCGGUUGGAUGGUGCACACAGAACAACAAGGUGCUUCUACCCCCAGAUGCCAUCAAAGAGAAGUACACCGAUUGGACGGAUUUUCUCAUACACGAUUUGACUGGCUCUCGAACAGCCCCUGCCAAUUUACUGGAAGGUCCUCUGCGAGGGAAAAACCCUGUAGACCUCAUUACAGUUGAUUCCUUAAUAGAACUUCAGGAUUCUCAGAACCCCUUUCAGUACUGGAUAGUUAGUGUGAUUGAAAAUGUUGGAGGAAGAUUACGCCUUCGCUAUGUGGGAUUGGAGGAGACUGAAUCCUAUGACCAGUGGUUGUUUUACUUGGAUUACAGACUUCGACCAGUCGGUUGGUGUCAAGAGAAUAAAUACAGAAUGGAUCCACCUUCAGAAAUCUAUUCUUUGAAGACAACAUCUGAAUGGAAAUGUGCUCUGGAAAAAUCCCUUAAUGAGGCCGCAAAAUUUCCUCUUCCAAUGGAAGUGUUCAAGGAUCAUGCGGAUUUACGAAGCCAUUUCUUCACAGUUGGUAUGAAACUAGAGGCAGUGGAUAUGAGUGAGCCCUUUAAUAUCUGUCCUGCAUCAGUGACUAAGGUUUUUAACAAUCAUUAUUUGCAAGUGACUAUUGAUGAUUUGAGACCAGAAGCUAAAAAAAUCUCAAUGCUGUGCCAUGCGGAUUCCUUAGGGAUUUUACCUGUACAGUGGUGCCUUAAAAAUGGAGUCAACCUCACACCACCCAAGGGUUAUACUGGACAGGACUUUGACUGGGCAGAUUAUCAGAAACAGCAUGGUGCCGAGGCUGCGCCUCACUUCUGUUUCAGAAAUACAUCAUUCAGCCGUGGAUUUACGAAGAAUAUGAAGCUUGAAGUCGUAAACCCCAGGAACCUGGGGGAGCUCUGUGUGGCCUCCGUGAUCAGUGUGAAGGGAAGGUUGAUGUGGCUUCACUUGGAAGGCUUGCAGCCUCCUGUUCCAGAGUAUAUCGUGGAUGUAGAGUCUAUGGACAUCUUCCCCGUUGGCUGGUGUGAAGCAAAUGGGUAUCCCUUAACUCCACCCCAUAAAGCCGUUUUACAAAAGAAGAGAAAGAUUGCAGUCGUACAACCAGAAAAACAAUUGCCAUCCACAGUGCCUGUUGAGAAAAUACCUCAUGAUCUUUGUUCCUUUCCUCAGCCAGACACCACAGGUACUGUCAAUGGGAAAUACUGCUGCCCUCAGCUUUUCAUCAACCACCGGUGUUUCUCAGGCCCCUACCUGAACAAAGGAAGAAUCGCCGAGCUACCUCAAUCCGUUGGACCUGGCAAAUGUGUGCUGGUUCUUAAAGAGGUUCUUAGCAUGGUAAUUAAUGCAGCUUACAAGCCGGGAAGGGUAUUGAGGGAACUACAGCUUGUGGAAGACCCACAAUGGAAUUUCCAGGAGGAGACCCUGAAAGCAAAGUAUAGAGGUAAAACAUACAGGGCAGUUGUCAAGAUUGUACGAACGUCUGACCAAGUAGCAGAUUUCUGCAAGAGAGUUUGUGCCAAGCUGGAAUGCUGUCCAAAUCUGUUUAGUCCUGUUCUGGUUUCUGAGAUCUGCCCAGAAAACUGUUCUAUCCAUACCAAAACCAAAUACACUUAUUAUUAUGGAAAGAGAAGAAAGAUUGUUAAACCCCCAAUUGGAGAAAACAAUACUGAAAUUGGGCCCCCGAAGCCCACUAGACGAAGGAAACGACGGAAAUCGAUCUUUGUACAGAAGAAGAGGCGAUCCUCUACGGUAGAUUUCACAGCAGGAUCAGCAGAGGAAAGUGAAGAAGAGGACAUGGAUGCCAUGGAAGAGGACACUGGGAGCGAGGAAACUAGCUCAGAGCUCCGAGAUGACCAGACCGACACGUCCUCAGCUGAUGUCCCCUCAGCCCGGCCCAGGAGGGCCGUCACCUUGCGCAGUGGCCCAGAGGCAGAGCGGCCCCCACCUGUGGAGAGGGCCCGGAGGAGCCGCAAAGCCCAGGCGUUCCCCUGCACAGAAGGGGAGCGAUGCACUCAGGUCAAACAAGAGAGGCUGGAGGAAGUAAAACAUGAAGAGGAAGAGAAACUUGUCCUGGAGAGUAACCCCUUAGAAUGGACGGUAACAGAUGUUGUGAGGUUUAUUAAACUGACAGAUUGUGCUCCCUUGGCCAAAAUAUUUCAGGAACAGGACAUUGAUGGCCAAGCACUCCUGCUGUUGACCCUUCCCACGGUGCAGGAGUGCAUGGAGCUGAAACUGGGACCUGCUAUCAAGCUUUGCCAUCAGAUCGAAAGAGUUAAAGUUGCAUUCUAUGCACAAUAUGCCAACUAACUUCAGCCCCUCUCAUCGAGGAGAAUUUCUUUGUGGGGAAAGAAGGGCCGUUUGGCAAUAGACUUUCUUCUGCCUGCAGACAUGUGAAAUCGAAGCACUAAGGAAAAAUCUCAGUGUGAGGAAGACCCAAACUGCUUAACUAACUCUGACCCCCACAGAUUUCUGGAAGAUGUCUCUGUUUUAGAAGCACACUGACCUCUCCCAGCCACCGCUUUCUGAGAGCAGAACUCGCCGUCUAAUAUUGUGGCCUCCCCUCGAUACAGCAGAAGCAGAGGGAACCUGGCUCCCUCUUUCCCACCAAACCCACAGCGCCUUCUCAUUGGGGCGUCCUACUCAUUUCAAGAAAAAGGUUAUGAGUCGGCCGUGUGUUUAUUCAGCAAUUAUGUGGGAUAUGGACUGGGUAAUUAAAAAAAGAGAGCUACAAAUAAGCCUCAAGCAAAUUUGUCCACACGUCUUUCAUAUUGAAAUGUGUGUGAUCAAAAUUUCAAGUGGCUUCUACCCUUGCAAAUUGAUCUCAAAUUGAUCAACACAUUUCUGUCCCAUUUAUGAUGUGUGAGAGUCGAUAAAUAUACAUAUUAAAACAGGAUGUGACUCUGAAAAGACCAGCUAAUCCUCUAGGUCUGUCAGCACUCUAGGAAAAAUGAGCUUGGGAAGGGACAGCUGGAGUCUAGAAAAAGUCUGCAGAGACACAGUAUUCACAACUCUUAAUGAAAUAAAGCUUUGGCCCCUUUCAUUUGUAACCAGAUCAGGAAGGGGGUUCUUCUAAUUCUCCUAAAGAAGUGGAUCUGCAGGACAUGUUGAAGGGAAUGACUUGAGCAUCCCCCAACGAGGCAACGGAACUUUUCAGACGAGGGGUGUCACAGACAACCUAAAAUUACUUCAGUGAGUCCCACAGUGUGUUGUUCCCUAUCUGCGUGGCAUGGUUUUGCUUUGGUUAAGUCGCCCAGAUUUCACAGAUUAAACUUCAACACAACGAAUGGGAGAAACAGCAAUGAUUGCUGUGUACCGAACACCACCUGCUCUCUCCUCCCUUUUUGUCUGCUCUCUUAAUGGCAUUAUCUGGGUAGACAGAACUGGACCCCCCCCAUAACCUCCCCCUGAGCACAGUGAACCCCAACUCCAUCCAGAUCCCCAGACCAACCUGGAACCUUGUGCAGGCAUCAGUCCUUCGGGAAGCAGACUGCCUACAUAGACCUCUCUGUGGCUCCAGGAUGAGUGCUCUUGGACCAGCCAUUCGUCAAGACAUGGAGGUGUCUCAGUGAUCCUAAGCAGUUGUGAUUUUAAUCCACUGGGUUUUUAAAAAUAGAUGAAAUGAGGAACAAAUUCUAAAUGAUUCAGGAGUUGAGCUCCACAGCAGUGGUUUCCCAUCUUUACUCGACUCCUCUAAAAUAACCAUUUUGAUCAUUCCCCACCCAAAAUUUGGUCUCCUCAGUGGCGGUGUCUGUACUCCCGUGACCUGGGCUCCCAUCAUGGGAAUAUUUCAUCGGUCAGGCUUGCUCUGGCAAGUCAGAUUGGAGAUGCUGACCUUUGUCUAGCAUUUGGGCACUGGCGUCAGCCAAAGCAAGAUGUUUACAUGGAUAUCUUCUGCUAUUGAGGUUGUUAAAGCGAGUGCUUACAGCCUCGUUAUUCACCUUUACUGAAUGGAGUUUCGUUUGGAGAUCCCUGAUGGAGCAUCAUUUACGAGAGUGCCUGUUGGCAUCAUUGUAAUGCUAGAAAAAUGCCGUGUGAUUCACCAUUGGUUUGUAGUAGAGUUUUAGCCAAUAUUCUCCAAGCUAGUUCGGACCUCCCUGUGGGUCUCCUGGCCCCGUGAAGUUUCACUUUUCUGAGACUCAAGAAUUUGGGCCUUUUCUCUGUGCAGAUUCCUUCAUGAUCUUUUUUCUGUGGCCUUUUCAAACCGUGUGAUUUCUGUUUCAGCAAAUGUGAAGGAAUGCGCCGACUGCGCCACAUUUGCUUUGGGCAUUGUUACGCACUUCUCCUGCCCUUUCCAGAAAGUGCAAGGAGAUUGGAGAGGAAAGGGAGAGAGGUCUAUGACCAACUUGUGUGUUAAGGAAGCCCAUAAAUCAAAGCUGGGCUAAUUUCUAACUGGAUACUCAGCCUUGCCUUGGAUUCGUGGAACUGCAAUGCCGAUGGUUUUCCCAAUGCUUACACUUUCUCUCCAUACUCUCUUUGCCAGAUAACAGGCGAAGAAUGGGGUGAGUGUAUUGUUGACUCAAUCUUUGUGUGCAUGUAGGAGGAGGAGAGGGCCACAGCCUCAACGUCGAGCCCAUGAGUGCUUGGACCAAAGCCUCUUCCAUGGUGACCAUCCUCACAGCUCUUGAGUUAAAAAAACAAAAAACAACAAAAAAAAGUUCAUUUUAGGGCCAUGAUAUUUAAAUCAAAUACAUGCGGGAUUUGGGAAGCUUUCUUCCUUUAGCUUAUGAUGCUACUAUAUAGCCCGACAUAGCUUGAUUUACUUGCUGAUCUCUUCCAGAAUUUUUAAAUUCAGUGUGUAUCAUUUCUGCAAAUUAAAAACCACUGUGCUCCCCCCCCACCAGAAAAACCAUAUACGCAAAGAUUCCUUUAGAUAUGGUUUUCUUCCAUUUCUACUAAAUUGAUAAAAGUUUCUGAAGACCAGUUAAAUUUUCCAUCUUCACCACUGCUAAUCAGAAGGGCAUGAAGACUCUGAGACCAUGUAUUGAGGGUCCAAAAGUCCACCACCAUCACCAUUCUGGGCCUUCCCCAAACUUCUCACUGCAAUCACUUUUUGCCCCUCUCAAGAUUGUAGCUAUAGCCUCUUUUUAUUUAACUGCUCUCCAAAGAGCUUUCUUAGUUCUUCCACAUUGUUUCAUUCUAGUUACCUGUAAUAUAAUUUGUCUCCUUUAACAAUACUUUUGAGAUCAGAUUCCCCCAAAUACGUUGGACCUUUGUACAUUACACAACUUCUAUCCUUGACGCCUAAUUUAAUUUGCCUCCUGUUCCAUGGCAAACAAACAAACAAAAAUUAUAGAUUAUAUUGCUAUAUCCCACCAGGAGGAUUAUAUUUCCAACCUUGAUAUAAAUAUUUCCUUACUUUUAAGUGUGACCAAUAGCUGUUUAAAGGAGAAAGAUUGACAUAUGGUCAUGAUGAAGGAUUCUGUAUAAGAGAGUUCCCUAAUAUUCUUUUUAUAGAAUAAGCUCCCAGAAUGUAUUUAAAACAUGAUGUGAGUUUGCAAAAUUUUAUGGAGACAAAGUUUAAAGUUUCCUGCUUUUUCACUCUGUUUUCCCCCCACCCUACUACAUUUAAAAGCUAAUUCUCAUUCACUCCUCAGUAAGUUAUAAUGAUCUAAACCUUUGAUGCAGGCUAAUACUUUUAGGAAACAAAACAUUUUUUGUCCGUUGCAGAUUGACAGGAAUUUCCUGAUCUUCUUAGAACUGUGAUAGUUAAGCGAGGCAGAACACUGAGCCUUGCUUUUGUAUCUUGUAGCAAACACUCCAUUCUAAGAUGCUUCUUCUUAACCUGCCACAUUUUGAAAGCAUUGGGGGUUUUCAUAUUUCUUUUAAAAAGCAAUUUAUAUUUGUGUUUAUAACUGAAAAUGAAAAAUCACAUUAAAAACCACUUUGCUGUGAUUUAGAUCAUCAGAAUCACUUUUUGACAGAGAUCAUAAGGCUCAAUUUCUUCCAUUUUUAGAUUACUAUUAGAGGGCAGAGAUAUUUAAAGAGAGCAGAUAAAGCAAGACAUCCAUAGUUUCUGAAGAAGAAACCUUUGGAGUAACAGAUAAUCUCAUUUUCUCUUUGGUGCAAUAAUAAUUCAGAAGCAGGUGAAAAUUAGAGAAAAGUGGUAACAAUAAUAAUGUAAGGUGUCCUCAUAACAGGAAUGUGCAAUUUUUCUUAUUAUAAAAUGUGCUCAAAAUUAGUCUAUGCCCCUCCCUUUAAAUUAACUAGCAUUUGCCCUGGCUAAAUUAUUGUAUUUUCCCAGUUUCAACCAUCAGAGUCAUAAUAUGCCAUGGACCUACUAAAUAUUUUGGUUUGAAUCUUAAUUAGCCUGGUUCAAAUCACUCAUUUUACCCAAACAUCUUUCGAACACACUAAAAAAUGCCAACAUAUGAAGCUGCUUUUUUGGUUUUGGCUAAUUUUUCUCACAUUUAUUCCAUUAUUUUAAAUCAUAGUUUGAUAUCCAAAGUUAGAUUUGAUUUUCAUUUAUUUUUGCUUAAACGAUCAGUGAAAAUGGUUAAGGUCAGAUAACAAUGAGAAUGUAAACAGUGCCAAACCUUAACCAGAAAUUACAAGAGUCCCAUGUGGGUGGAAAAGAUGCAGUGAAGAAAAAAACGAACUUGUAGGAUGACAAUCUUUUGCUAAAAAUAAUAAUAAUAAUAAUAAUUUGUAUGCUGGGUAAUUGAGACAAAUGAGAAACGACAGAAAAAAUUCAUUUAUUGUCCAAAAUGGGAAGUAGCAUGAUAUUUAGAAGCAUAAAUUCUUUCUAGUGGCGAUUGUUGAAAGCCCUUUUGCUGUUUUGCAUUCCAGUUUGAAUAGUUUGUAUUGAAAUUUGAUUCAUGUUGUGUAAUUUUUGGUGUGUAAAAGAAAAAAUUGAUGGUGUUUUUACUUUUGAAAUUUGCAGGACAAAGGGCAUGUUGUUAGUUUGCUGUAAGAUUGUAUUCUGUAUAUAUGUUUUCAUGUAAAUAAAUGAAAAUCUAUAUUCAGAGUUAUAUUUUAAUUUUUAUUCUAAAUGAAAAAAAAUCCCCUUUUUACUUGAAAAAUUGUAAGCCACAUUGUUAAUAAAGUAAUAAUGAAUACCA